UGCAAGAAGCCUUUCCCGCGUGUGACAGCCCACAUAUGUGUACACAAAAAAAGUCUCACUUGAACAGUAAACAUGAUAUAAAGCAACGGGGUUUGCGGACCCAGCAGGUUUGACUCCAGAAAAGAGGAUACUUGAUCAGAUUCUUUGUUAGAGCAACUCAAACAGACGUUACUGUGUCACCAGCAAACAAUCAACAGUGCCUAACUUGCUAACCACGUGUCGGUGACAAACCGAACCAGACUGCGCUUUCCUUCACCAAAGUGUAACUACCUUUGACUUCAUCGACUUGUCACUCAAAAUGGAGGACCCCAUCUUCCUCGCCCGCGACUCUUUUCAUUCCCAGUCAUCAGCAUCAUCAAGAAGGAUAUCACGGGGACCACAUACAGCCAUGUCUUUCAUGAAGAGGUUCUCCUCGAAGCGAUCUAGCAACGCAUCAAACUCAGCAUCGACAUCGGCAUCAAGUAGACGCGCAUCCGUUGCGAGUCGCAGCAACGAUUUGACCAACCCAUUUUUCACAACCACGCCAACUCGGAGACCACGAGCAACCGAGCCUGCGAGCGCACCACCUCCAUACUCGGCCACUCCGCACAGUCCAGCCGAUCUGGCCAUACCCAUGCAAGUCUCUGACGACUCACCGUAUGCGUUCCUCCGCGAAUUCGACACCGUCUUCCUGAUCGAUGACAGCGGCUCUAUGGCGGGACGCAGCUGGCGAGAAACAUCCGCAGCCCUUGCGGCGAUUGCACCGAUCUGUACGGCCUAUGACGCCGACGGCAUCGACAUCUACUUCCUCAACCACCGGAACCCGAACUCGCAGCUGGGUGGGUACACGAACAUCACCACGACACAAGCAGUGCAAAACCUGUUCCAGAGCGUCCGACCCCUGGGCGGCACCCCGACAGGGACCCGUUUGAACCAGAUCCUCAAGCCGUACCUGGGAGAGGUGGCGGAGUCGAUGGAGCGUCAGGCACACGGACACGAGGCCAGUGUCAAGCCCUUGAACAUCAUCGUGAUCACGGACGGCGUGCCGAGCGACGACGUUGAGAGCGUGAUUGUCAGUGCGGCGAAGAAGUUGGACUCAUUCGGCGCGGAGUCGUGGCAGGUGGGCAUCCAGUUCUUCCAGGUCGGUAGGGAGCCGGAAGCCGGGGAGAAUCUGAAGGAGUUGGACGACGCGCUGAGCGGGCAAUUUCACAUUCGCGAUAUGGUGGAUACGGUGCCGUGGAGUGGCGAGGACGGUGAGCAGUUAACGGCGCCGGGGCUGUUGAAGGUUUGUCUGGGCAGUGUGGUGAGGCGGUUGGAUAGGAAGGCGGCACCUUAGCGGUAGAGGGAUAUGGGAGAUGGGAGAUGGGAGAUGGGAAGAGCAAAAGAGACUUGGAAAGGUGUACAGCAUUUUGAGGUGUAUUAUUACUUUGCAUUGCACUACACCGCGAAGGUAGACAAGCUAUGGUGUUCUUGCGCACAACACAUGCUCUUAGGAUGAUCAGAUGAAGAUCGAACAGAGAUCAUACGGAGUAAAGGCGAAAGUACGGAGGACUUCGUACAGCACUGCUCCUGGUGUUUAUGAAUUAGGCCACCCUCGAGCUCGAGGUUGAUACCACGUGCUUAAAGGCUUGUCAUUUUCAGGCACCGCUCUUCGUCCGAGGGGCCUGAAAAGGAGUGGAGGGAAGUGAAUUUGAGUGGCUGAUUGCGGGUAAUUUCAGGACUUCUGGGCGGUUGCGAGCCACUGUUGGUGCACAUUGGUGAUACCUUGCAGCAGAAGCCAGUCACCAGUGUCACCCGAAGAGUUGCUGCGGGUGUCGUGUUCAUGCAUUGUCUUGGAUACCGGUGUUGUUCCUGAUAUUGUCCCUCCUCUCUGGUGGUGACUGUAUUUUGUCUCUGCACUUGUUGGCAUGAGUUCAAGACUUAGUGAAGAAGCAAGAAAAGAGUUGGC